AUGAACGCUUCGUACGACUUCAAUCGCCACUGGAUCACGGUGCCGCGCAACGGCCCCCGUAGUCCUGCGCCGGUCUACAAGCUAGUCUCGUACAACAUAUUGGCGCAGGAUCAGCUGCUGCGCCACAUGACUUCCUAUGCUGGCAUCGACAGCCAACUGUUGAGCUGGCGCCGCCGCCUGACCAACCUGCGCCGCGAGCUGGACACGCUUAACUCUGACUUGCUGUGCCUUCAGGAGGUGCAGUGCAAUCAUCUGCCGCAGAUUGUGGCACGUCUCAAGAACGGGGUACGCCACUACGACUAUGUCUACCAGCAGAAGCUGGAGGACCGCUCGGAUGGCUGCGCCAUACUCUACGACAAACAUAAAUUUCUCUUGGCAGACAAUCGGGCGCUCGCCUGUCAUAUCGGCAACAGUGGCGACUCCACCCGGGGCGCUCAUCAGAGCACCACAGAUCCAUGCCGUGAGUACUACGCUCUAAUGGCCAAGUUCAAAUUACGCAGCCAAACGCCGCAAGCGGAGCCGAAACCGGAACGCGAGCUCAUUGUUGCUAAUGCACACAUGUUGCAGUGGGAGGCCUCUAAGCCAGAUAUACGUCAGGCCCAGGUGAAGCAUCUGCUCAAGGGCAUGGCCGACUUCUGCUAUGACAACGGCUCGAAGAUGCGCAACCCCAUUCUUCUGGCCGGCGAUUUCAAUUUCGAGACCGAGUCUGAGGCCUAUGCUAUAUUGACGGCACGCACCGCCUCCUUCAGGCACCCGCUCCAGAUGGUAUCUAUAUACGGGCACAACAACAGCACUGCCACCACUUGCACACCCACUCUGGGCUGGACCAAUGCCGAUCACAUGUUCUUCUCGCGCGGCAACCAGCGUCACGAGCUGCGCAUCUGCAGCUACUACAAGCUGCCGCGCAUGCGCAUCUGCGAGCGCAUCGGCGAGCUGCCGAACAAGUAUCUGGGCUCCGAUCACUACUGUCUGGGUGCCACUUUUACUGUGGAGUAG